AUGUCUCACCUUUCAGUUCCGCCCGUAGAGCAAUCUCAGCUCACGGCAGUUCCUGUCAAGUUGCCUCCUUUCUGGGACAGGAAUCCGCCAGUCUGGUUUGCCCAAGCUGAAACCCAGAUUCACUUGUCUGGCGUUACAUCCCAGCUGACUCGGUUCUACCACGUAAUUUCCGCCCUGUCUCCCACCGCCGCUGACCCGGUUUAUGAUCACAUGACCACCCCUCCUCCGGAAAAUCCACACGAUCAACUCAAGUCAGCCUUGCUGAAACGCACAUCGUCUUCCGACCGCGACCGACUACACCAGCUCCUCUUCGCCGAAGAACUAGGCGAGCGGCGCCCCACCCAGCUACUUCGGCGCAUGAAACAGCUCCUCGGAAGCGACGCGCCCGGCAGCAGUGGCGACGUAUCUUCCACCAGCGAUAUAUUUCUCCGGCAGCUCUUUCUCCAGCGCCUUCCCCGCCACGUACAGAUGGUGUUAGCUACUGCGGCGAACCUCAGCUUGGACGAGUUGCCUGCGCUUGCCGAUGCUGUCAUGGAGGUAGCGUCUGCAUCCCCACAAGUUGACCUCAUUCAGCGACCAGCACUGCUGCCUUCGCCGUCCGACAUUCUUCGACAAUCACUUGCUCUGCGUCUUGACGAGCAUGGUACUACGCAGCAGCUCAACCACCUUACGUCGCUGCCCUUGCUUCCCGUUCCCGCUCCCCAAGCCCUCGCCCCCAACGUCACCGUAGCCCCAGACCUCGUUCUGGCUCCACUCCCCUUGCCACUUGCGAUCACCCAGCAACAAUACCGACGGGGUUUCGUGGUACCAUCGCCGCUUCGGCGCAGACGCCUUCCACUGUCUUCUGCCAUGUACCUAGACCGCGUCCUCGGGAAACUCCCCGGCCCACCACUAGUGGCGGCUGGUGGACACGGCUUCGAAAACAGUCGCCUCUCUUGCAUUGUUGACCGCAUAUCUGGGAUGCGGUUCUUGAUCGACACAGGUGCCGAGGUCAGCGUCAUCCCCGCUCCCCGUUCUUACCGCGGAUCUCGAGAGCACUGUUUCACCCUGAAAGCCGCCAACGCGUCAACAAUCCCAGUUUACGGCCAACAGUCACUUACCCUAAACAUCGGCCUCUUGCGAGAUUUCCGCUGGCUUUUCCUCUAG